AUGGCCAAUGUAUUUCUUGGUGGGUUUGACGGCACCAUCACUGCCUCGACCUAUACUGUGAUUAGCUCAGAGUUCAAUUCUGCCAAUACUGCUUCAUGGCUGACCACCUCGUACUUGAUCACGAGCACAACGUUCCAGCCUCUCUAUGGCCGGUUCUCCGAUAUCCUCGGUCGCCGCUCUGGUUUCUUCACGGCCACCAUCGCCUUCAUGAUAGGUUGUCUAGGGUUUGCCGUGGCCCGUGAUGUAAUGUUUUUGAACAUCAUGCGCGCCUUGGCAGGCAACGGAGGUGGAGGGUUUAUGGCUAUGGGCACGUCAAUGAAGUUCCAAUUCACCAAUCUAUCACCGACAGGCAUCCCAGCAACAAUUAUCAACUCGGAUCUUGUCCCCUUCCGCCAGCGCGGGAUGUACCAAGCAAUUCAGAACGUCUCGUACGGUUUCGGAGCCAUCUGUGGUGCUUCUGUCGGAGGUGCGAUCGUUGACUCGAUCGGAUGGCGUUGGUACUUCCUGCUGCAGAUUCUAAUUUCGUUGUUUUCUCUGAUCAUGGGCUAUCUGGUCUUGAAGUUCCCACCACGCGACACUGAAUCUUUCCCAGGUGGGCGGAAGCAGGGAAUGUGGCAGCAAAUUGAUGCACUGGACGCUUGUCUGCUCAUUCUGGCUCUCUCGGCUCAGCUAGUUGGACUCAGCCUGGGUGGUAACAUCCUCCCUUGGACUCACCCGUGGGUAAUUCUGCCGUUGGUCACUAGUGUGAUUUUGCUGGUCGCGUUUUUCGCCGUUGAAGCGAAAACCACCGCCGCACCUUUGAUUCCAGUGAAGAUGCUACACGGACAGCUUGCUAUUUCCACACAGAUUGCCAACGUCUGUGUGGGGAUGGCAGCAUACGCAUACCUUUUUACUCUGCCUCUCAUGUUCCAGGUGAUUCUCCUCGACUCGCCCAGCAAGGCUGGCACUCGAUUGGUGAUCCCCUGUCUCUUCACUCCCCUCGGUGGGCUUGCAGCGGGAAUCACAAUGUCACGCUGGGGCAUGCUGGCCUCCAUUGUGCGCGUCGGUGCAGCGCUAAUGUUCAUCGGAAACCUACUCGUCGUGCUCCUUCGAUUCAGUGACCUAGCAUGGAAGGAUAUCCUCUUUGUCAUUCCCGCAAACCUUGGUCAGGGGAUGGUGUACCCAGGAAUCUUGUUCACAUUCCUCGCAGCCUUCGACCACACCGGCAAGACUGUUUUCACUUCAUUCCUAGUCCUAUACCUCCAGCCACGACACCCGAAUCUGUGA